AGCUCCGGCGAGGCCCCUCCUCGGACCCGGGCCCACCGCCCACGGACCCGUCCACCACUCCGUCCCCCCGAGGAUGAAAGGUCGUGGCUGUCGCUACACCCUGCUGGCCGGCCAGCUGGACGACCCGCCGCCGGACGAAGACGAGGACCGGGCCGCGGAGGGCCCCGGGGGACCGGACAGCGGCGAGGAGGAGUGGGCCCCGACCCUGGCCGAGGAGAGCAGGGUUCUGGGGGUGGAGCGGCUCAGGCAGCUGGACCCCCACCUCCCCCCGCGGGUGACCGGCUGCCUGUGGACCCUACUGUUCUGCACGGCCCGCGACGGCUUCAGCCUGCGGACGCUCUACCGGAUGAUGGAGGGGCUCAGCGUCGCCGUGCUGCUGGUGGUCCGGGACACCGGCGGACAGAUAUUCGGGGCCUUCUCCUCCACGGCCAUCCGCGUCAGCAGCUGCUUCUACGGCACCGGCGAGACCUUCCUCUUCUCCUUCUCCCCCGAGCUCAAGGUGUUCAAGUGGACGGGAAGCAACUCCUUCUUCGUCAAAGGAGACGUGGACCAGCUGGCGAUUGGCAGUGGCAGUGGCCGGUUUGGGCUGUGGCUGGACGGAGACCUGAACCACGGCGGGAGUAGCCCCUGCGCCACCUUCGACAACGAGGUGCUGUCUCACCGGGAGGAGUUCCGCAUCCAGGAGCUGGAGGCCUGGGCCCCGAGCUGAGGCCCUGCCCUUUCCCCGCCCCUCCGACCUCCCCACCA